GUUCUGGGCCUUUGGAUCGCUCCUCGUGGGUUGGCGAGCUGACCGUGGGGAUGCGGCCAGCCUGGGGCCAGAGAACAGCGCCCGCCCUGACAGCACGGCCGACAAGAACGGGGCCCUCAAGUGCACCUUCUCGGCGGCCGGCCACAGCACCAGCCUCCUGCAGGGCCUGGCCACCCUCCGCGCCCAGGGCCAGCUCCUCGAUGUCGUGCUGACCAUCAACAGAGAGGCCUUUCCUGCACACAAGGUCGUCCUGGCCGCCUGCAGCGACUACUUCAGGGCCAUGUUCACCGGUGGCAUGCGGGAGGCGAGCCAGGACGUCAUCGAGCUAAAGGGCGUGUCGGCCCGCGGCCUGCGGCACAUCAUCGACUUUGCCUACAGCGCCGAGGUGACCCUGGACCUGGACUGCGUGCAGGAUGUGCUGGGUGCCGCUGUGUUCCUGCAGAUGCUGCCCGUGGUGGAGCUGUGCGAGGAGUUCCUGAAGGCGGCCAUGAGCGUGGAGACCUGCCUCAACAUCGGCCAGAUGGCCACCACCUUCAGCCUGGCCUCGCUGCGGGAGUCAGUGGACGCCUUCACCUUCCAGCACUUCCUGCAGAUCGCGGAGGAGGAGGACUUCCUGCGCCUGCCGCUCGAGCGCCUGGUCUUCUUCCUGCAGAGCAACCGGCUGCAGAGCUGCGCUGAGAUCGACCUGUUCCGAGCUGCGGUCCGCUGGCUGCAGCACGACCCUGCCCGGCGGCCGCGCGCCAGCCACGUGCUCUGCCACAUCCGCUUCCCGCUCAUGCAGUCCUCCGAGCUGGUGGACAGCGUGCAGACGCUGGACAUCAUGGUGGAGGACGUGCUGUGCCGCCAGUACCUGCUGGAGGCCUUCAACUACCAGGUGCUGCCCUUUCGGCAGCACGAGAUGCAGUCGCCGCGCACCGCCGUGCGCUCGGACGUGCCCUCGCUGGUGGCCUUUGGCGGCACGCCCUACACCGACAGCGACCGCUCGGUCAGCAGCAAGGUAUACCAGCUGCCCGAGCCAGGCGCCCGCCACUUCCGCGAGCUCACGGAGAUGGAGGUGGGCUGCAGCCACACGUGCGUGGCCGUGCUAGACAACUUUGUGUACAUGGCCGGGGGCCAGCACCUACAGUACCGCAGCGGCGAGGGCGCGGUGGACGCCUGCUACCGCUACGACCCACACCUGAACCGCUGGCUGCGCCUGCAGGCCAUGCAGGAGAGCCGGAUCCAGUUCCAGCUGAACGUGCUGUGCGGCAUGGUGUACGCCACGGGCGGCCGCAACCGGGCCGGCAGCCUGGCCUCCGUGGAGCGGUACUGCCCACGGCGCAACGAGUGGGGCUAUGCCUGCUCGCUCAAGCGCCGCACCUGGGGCCAUGCUGGGGCCGCCUCCGGGGGCCGCCUGUACAUCUCGGGCGGCUACGGCAUCUCAGUGGAGGACAAGAAGGCCCUGCACUGCUACGACCCCGUGACCGACCAGUGGGAGUUCAAGGCGCCCAUGAGCGAGCCCCGUGUGCUGCACGCCAUGGUGGGCGCCGGCGGCCGCAUCUAUGCCCUCGGGGGCCGCAUGGACCACGUGGACCGCUGCUUCGACGUGCUGGCUGUGGAGUACUACGUGCCCGAGACGGACCAGUGGACCAGCGUGAGCCCCAUGCGAGCCGGCCAGUCAGAGGCGGGCUGCUGCCUGCUGGAGAGGAAGAUCUACAUCGUCGGGGGCUACAACUGGCGGCUCAACAACGUCACGGGCAUCGUGCAGGUGUACAACACGGACACCGAUGAGUGGGAGCGGGACCUGCACUUUCCGGAGUCCUUCGCGGGCAUCGCCUGUGCCCCGGUCCUGCUGCCCCGGGCCGGGACCAGGAGGUAGCCCCCCAGACCCCCGGGACCCUGGCCUGACCACAUGCUGUCUCCAAGCCGGGCUUGGCAGAGCACGUCUGCCUGAGAACCCCAUUGCCCCUGUUUGCCUGGGCUGCCCUGGAGAGGCCUGCCCUGUGGAUGUGUGGAUAAGUGCUCCUCCCAGGGUGGCCUCCCUCCCUCCAUCCCUUCCCAAAGCAGAUCCUGGCUCCAAGUCCACCUGAGCGAGCCUGCCCCAAAGCAGCCAACGAGCCAGUUGUGGCAGCAAACUUGUCCCCGGGGCAAUUUCCUUGCCUGCAGGCUGGCGGAUGGAAUCCCAGGUCUCCAGGGGGUCCCUGUGCAGCUCCGCAGCAGUCCUCUGCCCCCCUCCCAGCCCCACGGUUUCAGGCAUUCAGAUGUGAGCUCAUCACCGUUGAACCUAAAGUCGGUGGUAUGCGACUCACCCUCCUUCCAAGUCUCCUGCACACGUGUUUUUAAAAUAAACUCGCCCAAAACCUCCAAAACACACAGACCCCCCAGAAGCAGUGAGAGGCGGCUUGGAAGCCCUUGGUUUGGGGUGGAUGGAGGACCAGGGCACGUGCCUGUCUUUGCUGGGGUGCCCUCCUUCCCCCAUCCCGAGCUGCUGAGGGGAGGCUCUGGUCAUGCCUCCAUUUCUGUCAUCGUCUGCCUUCAGGAGGAAAAACCAUGUCAACUCCUAGGAACAGUCCUUAUGGGCCUUGGGCCUUCCGUUUGGCACAGAGCAUCUUGUGCAGCCUUCACUGGCCGAGACAUCCCGCCCGGCCCUCUGCACUUGCCCUGUUGGCCGGGCAGUCCCCUUCCUGCAGCUGGAGGGGGACGCUGACUUCAGAAUUCCACAGUGUCGCCUCCCGCAGGUCAGCUAGGUGGUGUUUAUUCUCCUCCCUCCUCCAUUUCCCCCUCUGCACCCUGCCACUCCCUGGCCUGCCCUGUUUCCAGGUCAACAUUGCUACCAAGCCGGCAGUGAGGCCUUUCCCUUCUCAAGGGCUCUGCGGCAUCUCUGGCCACAUUUGUUUUAAUGUCUGAACCUCUAAAGCUUUUCUUUUUAAUUUGUUUUACUUUUUAUUUUAAGAAGCCAGCCCCGCUGUCUCAUAGAUGGGAUUUGUACUCUCGGGGCAACUUAAAGUGUCUCUCUCGCUGCUCACAGACAAUUGAUGUCUUGUCGCUGUGACCCGCUCACCGUGUAAAGAAUCUCCUAUCUUAGCAGACGCCGUCUCCUAAUAUUUCCCUUUAUUUAAUAAAAAUGUUAUGGUGAAGAGAUGGAGCAGGCCCAGCACUGAGCUUGUGCGGCUGGGGCUGAUUGGUCACAGAUUCCUCGUGUGUCCUCCGCAUGUCUGGGGGCUCCUCUCCUCCGCCUCAGCCUUUUCCAGCCUUGCAGAGGAGCUGGCGGGGGCUGGGCUUUGGCUCAGGGGCACAGGAGCAGCAGGAAGUGUGGCCAGAACUUCCACCCUGGCACUUUUUUUUGAGAUGGAGUCUUGCUCUGUUGCCCAGGCUGGAAUGCAGUGGCUUCAUCUUGGCUCACUGCAACCUCCACCUCCCAGGUUCAAGUGAUUCACUUGCCUCAGCCUCCCAAGUAGCCAGUAUUACAGAUGCCCACCACCACACCCAGCGAAUUUUUGUAUUUUUAGUAGAGACGGGAUUUCACCAUCUUGGCCAGGCUGGUCUUGAACUCCUGACCUCAAGUGAGCUGCCUGCCUCAGUUUCCCAAAGUGCUGGGGUUACAGGCGUGAGCCACGGUGCCCGGCCCACCUUGGCACUUUGGAAGAGGCUUCAGCCCCCUACUCUCAUCGUGGCUGGCCAAACCGCGAAGCAGGCUGCCCAGAGUGGGCCACUUACCAGUUGCAGGUUAGCCGAGAAAGCCUUAUGUUCCCAGAGGGCCUUCCCAGAGGGGGGCCCUGGGAUUCACACAUGCGUGGAUCUGCAUAAGUUGCUGCGCCCGCAUGCCUGGCAGUCCUGUGUGGCGGCCAUCGGGGCUAGGGUAACACCAGGGGCUGCGGGGGUGGGCAGUGCUAAAUUAGGAACGUGGAUGGGAGCCUAAAAGAAGCCCACACCGUCAGGGACAUCCAAAGGAAAGUCCUCGGGGACUUACCAGAACAUUCCAGCCCCCGCCCCCGACCUGAGCUCCCCCAGAGAACCCUUCCCCACUGGAGGCACGGCCCCUUCAGGGGGGCAGUGAGAAGCUUUGCCAGCCGCAAGUCCCCCGGAUCAGCUCACACCUCAGAACAUCUUGUCCCCAACGAGCUGGCAGGGGCGCCGGCCCAGGGCGGGGAGUGCUGCCGUAUCUAACUGGAUCGAUUGUGCAUAACUGUCUGGGUCGGUUCAUGGAAUGUUCUUGGGGCCCCCUGCCCCUCCCUCAGCCUCCCCCCCCCGCAUCCCCCCAAGAAAGGAAAAUUAUUUUUCGUAUUGUAAACUUUAAACACGAAAAAGCUGUUUUUAAUUUA